AUGGUUACUGAGUUGUUUAAGCUGGAAAAGCAACUGGGACAAUCCGAAAUUUUUGCAGUGUGCGCCGUUGUCGUCGUCGUCUUCGAUGUCGUCGUCGCCAAAACCUUCCUUGUUGCUAGGUGGUUUGUGGGCCUGUUCCCUCUUGACGGAAUUUGGGGCGAAAGUGGGCCGGCGUUUCCCAUAAAUACAUCCGACGCUCCAUCGCACCACACCUACCGAAUGGAUUGGCUAAAUUCUUGUAAAGAGUGCCAACUCGGCUGA